UCCUCAACUGAAAAUCCUUCGCGGUCUGAUCAUUUCAAAGCCAAUGUACCGGAUUAAUCCACCGCUAGCUCCCUCUUUCCUCUUCCUCUUCCUCCUUCUCACCACCACCACCAGUUUCGCUCCAUCCUCCCUUUUCAGCUCUUACUCCCAAUACAAAACAGUUGUCUCCCUCUCCCAUUCCCUCCUCAUACGCGUGUCCAACCUGCGUGCUGCACGCGGCGACAUAGCCGGCGCAAAUCGUGCGAAGCUAAUCGCACAGAAGUUGCAGAAAGGGUUAGGAUCUGGGUUCUGGGGUUUGGCGUGGUCGGUAGGGUGGGAUUAUGCGAAAAACUACGCGUGGAGGGAAUUGGAUUAUACGGAGCUGUACGGCAUCGUUUCGGACUUAAAUGAGUUGGCUAGGUUUUUGGACCAGUUAACUAGGGCACAAUCGCAGGUGGAGAGAGUCUCUUGGGUUGCGAGAAACUACAGUGAUGUCGUAAGAAUUGCUAAGUCGGUGUUAAAAAGGUUUCUCCACGUGUUUAAUCGAUCGGAAGCUUUGAAGGAGGUGGCGGAGGCGGUGCAGAGAGAGGUGGUGGAUGGUGGAUUAUUAAGGGACUGCCUUGAAUUGGGAAGCAAUGACUUGAAAGGUUUGGUUCAAAUUGUUAAGGAUUUAGCAUCACAAUUUUAUUCCACUUCUGACCAUAAUAGCGAACUUUGAUAACUGAGACUAUAAUUAUAUCAAUUCUUUGAAUCUUCACAAAAUUGUACUCAAAACCAAUAUCAAUAGACUAUAGUAAUACAAAUAUCGAAACCAGAUACUCUUUUGCAUACAA